UGAGAAUUCCUCUAUAGUCUAGAAUAUUCUCAUUAUUCUGAAGAUAAAUUGGGGUGCUUUAACAUCCGGUGCAAGAUUACGUACUUGUAAAGUGAAGUCAAAUAUAUAAUCUAGGUACCCCUGUUAUUUAAUUGUUAAAUUGGAUAUAAAGGGCGAGUGAACGGGUCAUCUUCACUUUAUUGAAAGAGAAACUUCAGAAUCAAGAUUUAGAACGGCUGAUUCUUCCAGAGUGUUUUAUUCAAAAGAAAAGAACUGCAUGGUAUCCGAGGUUGACAAGUUGAUUUCUGUAAGCAGACAGGGUGCAGGUUACGAUGGGGUUGUCAUGGCAACGUUGCAUACCAGUGUUGCUUCUUGCAUCGGUGUUACUUUCAACAUGCCAACUGUUAGUUAAGGCAGAAUCCCGUUUUUGCGAAGGAACAAAGAAGGUUCAACAGGAGGUGACUGAACGCAGUUUACUGCCCUGUGUUGACCUCCGUGACCCCAAGGUCAAAGGUGAAGGGUGGAUUCUGGACAAGGACACACAGCCUUAUGAGGUGGAUGGUGUAACUCUUUGCCCUGUGUUGAGAUCUGGCCUGAAGGAGAGCGUUGUGCCAACGGUUGAAUGCUGCACUGGCUACCAAGGCCCUCUUUGUGAUGAAGCUGUGUGUACCCUUGGUUGUUCCAAUGGUGGGACCUGUGUGGCACCUGAACAGUGCGCCUGCCCGGCUGGCUUCCAGGGCUCCAGGUGUCAGUACUUCAUAGAUGUUCUGUCAGGAGCAAUGAAGGAGCAGCUUUUUAGUAUCAACAAGAGAAGUGGAAAUGAUGUAAACAAUGAUGAUGAUGAUGAUGAAUCUUCAAAGGGUUCCUCUAAGGAAUCAAAGGACAAGAGUGAUUCCAAAGAGUCCUCAAGACAACACUCCAAAGAAUCAAAGGAGGGCAAAAGUGGUUCCAAAGAAUCUUCAAAGGGUUCCUCCGAGGAAUCAGAGGACAAGAGUGAUUCCAAAGAGUCCUCAAGACAACACUCUAAAGAAUCAAAGGAAAGCAAAAGUGGUUCCAAAGAAUCUGCAAGGCAUUCCUCCAAGGAAUCAAAGGAAAAGAGUGAUUCCAAAGAGUCCUCAAGACAACACUCCAAAGAAUCAAAGGAGGACAAAAGUGGUUCCAAAGAAUCUUCAAGGCAUUCCUCCAAGGAAUCAAAGGAAAAUAGUGAUUCCACCGAGUCCUCAAAACAACACUCCAAAGAAUCAAAGGAAAGCAAAAGUGGUUCUAAAGAAUCUUCAAAGCAUUCCUCUAAAGAAUCAAAGGAAAAGAGUGCUUCCAAAGAGUCCUCAAGACAACACUCCAGAGAAUCACAGGAGGACAAAAGUGGUUCCAAAGAAUCUUCAAAAGGUUCCUCCAAGGAAUCAAAGGACAAGAGUGAUUCCAACGAAUCCUCAAGACAACACUCCAAAGAAUCACAGGAAAGCAAAAGUGGUUCCAAAGAAUCUUCAAGGCAUUCCUCCAAGGAAUCAAAGGAAAAGAGUAAUUCUAAAGAGUCAAAGGAAUCAAAGGAAAAGAGUAAUUCUAAAGAGUCCAAGGAAUCAAAGGAAAAGAGUCAUUCUAAAGAGUCCUCAAGACAACACUCCAAAGAAUCAAAGGAGGACAAAAGUGGUUCCAAAGAAUCUUCAAGGCAUUCCUCCAAGGAAUCAAAGGAAAAGAGUGAUUCCAACGAGUCCUCAAAACAACACUCCAAAGAAUCAAAGGAAAGCAAAAGUGGUUCCAAAGAAUCUUCAAAGCAUUCCUCUAAAGAAUCAAAGGAAAAGAGUGAUUCCAAAGAGUCCUCAAGACAACAAUCCAAAGAAUCAAAGGAGGACAAAAGUGGUUCCAAAGAAUCAUUGAACAUGGAGACAAGCUUCACUUGGGAAAGCUGGAGUGAGAGUUCCUCAGAAGAAUCAACAUCUGCUCCAAGCAGAAGCUGGAUCAACCCCCAAACUACAACCAAGUCUCCGACGGACAAGCCUCCCGCCCCAGCCUUUCGGUCUCUCUUACUCCCUGAGACUGACAAAGAAAUUGAGGUGACGACUUUGCCACCACCAACAACAUUUGAAUACAAAAAGCGCGAUGAUAAUAGUCUUGUGACCGAGGCAUCGCUGACCAAUAACUCUCUCUCCUUGAGGACUUCAGCAACGUGCUUGUCAUGGAGUAGUGACCACUUCAUCACCUUUGAUGGUGUUCAUUACAGUUUCUCUGGGACAUGUUCUUACACCCUGGCUGCAGCCUUAGAUGGAACUUGGCAGGUGACCAUUAGGAACCAGGAUUGUGAACUUCUGUCCACAUGUCACAAGAAAUUGGAAUUCAUUCUUGGACUUGAUGUGAUCACGGUGGAACUUGAAACAGUGCUCAUCAAUGACAGCCCAAUGUACUCUUUCCCCUACAUGGAAAAUGGAAUUUCCCUAAAGAAAGUUGGAGACUUCACAUAUCUUGAGAGCAGUCUUGGUGUCCUUGCACAGUGGGAUAGGAACAUGACCGUCUACAUCACAGUGCUUGCUGAGCUCAAGGAAUCAACGAUCGGUCUCUGCGGCAUGUAUGAUGACAACCCAGAAAAUGACUGGUUGAUGCGCAAUGGUGAUCAGGCCUCCUAUGCUGCUCAGAUGGCUCUCUCAUGGGAGGUCCCGUAUCCGGGAGAGAUCUGCCAAUCUAUUGUUGACACCAAUCCUUGCGAUGUUCACUCCACAAGGUUCCAACUGGCUGAGAAUCUUUGCCAGGUUCUAGCAGAAGCUGAGGAAUUCCAACUUUGUCACCAAGAUGUUGAUCCAAUGUUGUUUGUUGAAAGCUGUGUCUAUGACCUGUGUAUGUUUGGUGAAUCUGACGACCUCAUGAUGGAUGCCCUGUGCGUGUCUCUGGAUGAGUAUUCCCGACAGUGCGCCCAGUCCAGUGUUGUCCUCGAAUGGAGGACGGAGGACUUCUGUCCUAAGCAAUGCCCUGACAUCAUGGAGUACAGUGAUUGCAGUUCGCUCUGUCCAGUGACCUGCGAGGCUCAGGACCCAAUGGAGAUGGCCAAACACUGCCCUGCAGACUGCGUCUCUGGAUGCCAGUGUCCCGAGGGUACCGUCCUGGAAGGUGGACGUUGCAUCACUGCUGACCAGUGCCCCUGUGUCCAUAACAGGGAGAAGUACCCACCGGGAGGGACAGUGCGGUCAAAGUGCAAUUUAUGUACCUGUGAGGGCGGGCUUUGGGAUUGUGAGAAGUCACUCUGUCAAGCCACCUGCCAAUCAGUUGGUGAUCCUCAUUAUCUCACCUUUGACAAGAGACAGUACAACUUCCAAGGAGGAUGCCGAUACAUUUUAGUGGAGGAUUUUAUCGACCAAUACCUCAUGGUCCUUGCCGAGAACGUAGAAUGCAACAUGCGCUCUUCCAGGAAAGUGACCUGCACCAAAUCUGCAACCGUCCUCGUCAACGGAACCAACCCGAUUGACCUGAAGCAGGACCAGGUCGUGUUUGUCGAUGGCCAGGAAACCAUCCUUCCUUACACCAACGGAGAGGUGGUGGUGCGGAGGGCGUCAUCCAAGUUCAUCUUCGUGGAGGGUAAUGGAUUCUUGGUGAAGUGGGACGGUAUUAACAGGCUCUAUGUGACACUGUAUCCUGAGUAUAUGAACAGGGUGCGUGGUCUGUGUGGGACCUACGACCACAACCAGAACAACGACUUCAUGACCCCUGCAGGCGACAUCGAAACCAGCAUCGUUGCCUUCGCCAACAAGUUCGCCGUGGACCCCGAUUGCCAGGAGACGGAAACCCCCCUCCCGCUGUCUCCCUGCAGCCUCAACUCGCACAUGGAGAGCUUUGCAGCCGAGAAGUGCGGGGUGAUGAACAGCGAUGCCUUCAGGCCGUGCCACGGGAGCGUGAGCCCUGAUAUGUACUAUGAUAUGUGCCUGUAUGAUGUCUGUGGAUGUGAUGCAGGGAAUACCUUGGAGUGUCUCUGCGAGGUCAUCGCAGGUUAUGCCACUGAUUGCGCCAAUGAAGGAGUGUACGUGGAGUGGAGAGACCAUCCGUCCAUAUCUGAGUAUUGCAGUGUGCAGUGUGACGGUGGUCAGGUCUACCAGCAGUGUGGGCCGACCUGCGGUCAGACGUGCCGUGACCUCUCCGUGACCUGCCACGAGACGGACGAAUGCGUCGAGGGAUGCAACUGCCCAGACAAUACCGUCCUGGAUGAUGAAGGUAACUGCAUCUCUCCAGUCAACUGCCCCUGCUACCAUCAGGAUCAAUCUUACCCGGCUGGAUCACUCAUUGAACAGAUGUGCCAAAACUGCCUCUGUAUCAAUGGAUCAUUCCACUGCGAAGGGGAGAAAUGCAACAUCACGGACAUGUGCCCGGAGAACCAACUCUAUGACCAGCUGGCUCCGGGAUGCCCUCAGACCUGCGAGAGUGUCGCCCAUGGCUUCACCUGCAGUGUAGACGCUGGGCCAGGGUGCAUGUGCCCUGAAGGAUAUCUGCUUGAUGGUGAUUUGUGUGUGCUGCCAUCCGAGUGCCCUUGUUACCAUGGAGACAGGCGAUACGAACAAGGUGAUGUGGUUCACAUUGACACAUGCAAUGAGUGUUACUGUAAUGGAUCUCAUUGGUAUUGCACAGAGGAUGAUUGUCCAGGUUUGUGCUCUGCUGUGGGUGAAGGUCACUACACCACCUUCGACGGCAAGAAGUACACUUUCACCGGUGACUGCCGCUACACCCUCGCCCAGGAUGUCAACGGGACGUUCUCCAUCGAGGUCGAGAACAUCCAGUGCGGUUCCAGCGGCGUCACCUGCACCAGAGCCAUAGAGAUCAUCUUUGAAGAUGACUCCACCAUAUUCCUGGUCCGGGGAGGCGAGGUGACGGUGAACGGAGUCCCGGUCUCGUUGCCGAAGUACUAUUCGGCCUGGAGCAUUGAGCGAUCCGGGUUCUUCUAUGUCAUCUUUGUGAACUUUGGAUUGGAAGUCUUGUGGGAUGGAGGCACCAGAAUCUAUGUCUCGGUUACUCCAGACUUUGAACAGCGCCUCUCUGGUCUGUGCGGCAAUUUUGACGGGGACCAGGAGAAUGAUUUCACGGCUCGUAAUGGUGCAGUGGAGCACAGCAGCGAUAACUUUGCUAACAGCUGGAAAGUAAGCAGCGGUUGCCCAGAACUCUACAAGGAGGACCUCAUACACCCCUGCAGGGUGAAUAGUCAUCGUGAAGCUUGGGCUCAGCGUCGAUGUAGCAUCAUCAUGUCCAGAACGUUUGAACCAUGCCAUUCUGUGGUUGAUCCAGAGACGUAUCUUGCGAAUUGUAUCUAUGAUUCCUGUGGAUGUGACUUGGGUGGUGACUGUGAAUGUCUGUGUACAGCUAUUGCAGUGUAUGCCAUGGAAUGCUCUAGACAUGGAUUUGAUAUCAGAUGGAGGUCCCAGGAUUUAUGUGCUGUUCAAUGCAACGCUGGUUUUGAGUACAAUACUUGUGGUUCAACCGCUAUUGAUACCUGCGCAUCUUUUGACCGAGAUCAAAUAGGAUUUGGAAACUGUGCAGAGGGAUGUCACUGCCCUAAUGGGACCUUGUCUGAAGAUGGUGAAUGUAUUGCCAAGGUUGAAUGUCCAUGUCACCAGGAUGGUAUUGAAUAUGCGGCAGGGACUGUCACCUCAAUCAAUUGCCAGAACUGUACCUGUCAUGCUGGGACUAUGGAGUGCACAGGAGAACCUUGUGAAGUAACAUGUGGCAUUCUAGAAUACAUGUGUGAUAGUGGACUAUGUAUUCCUAUGGGCUGGUUAUGUGAUGGCCUUGAUGACUGUGGAGAUGGCACUGAUGAAACAGAUUGCACCUUUGAAUGUGAUCCUGAUGAAUUCCAGUGUGUAAGCAGUGGUCUGUGUAUUGAUGGUAACUUCUACUGUGAUGGAACACAGGAUUGCACUGAUUCCUCUGAUGAAAUCGGAUGUGUCGUGACAUGUGGACCAGAAGAAUUCAUGUGUGAAGAUGGUCUCUGUAUCCCCAAAUCAUUUGUAUGUGACGGUGACUUUGACUGUAGUGACGGUGAUGCAACCGAUGAAAAUAACUGUGUGACUCCAAGCCCAACUCCAUCUAAGAAUGUUACAUGUGCAUCCGACCAGUUUACAUGUGACAAUGGCCUGUGUGUUUCUGGUGGAAAUGACAGCGUAGUUUGCGACGGGAUAAAUGACUGCGGUGAUAUGUCAGAUGAGAGCUAUUGUGGUACAACACCGCACCCUCAUCCCCAAACAACGAAACCGAGUUGCUCAGAGAAUCAGUGGCGUUGCCAAGAAGGGUCCUCUUGCAUCCUUUCAAUACAACGUUGUGAUGGAGUGUCUGAUUGUCCAAAUGGAUCUGAUGAAUUUGGUUGCGUACAACAAACCACUGUGCCGGUAAAGAUAACAUCACAGGCUACUACAUCAAUAACAAUUACCUCUACUCCUGCAGUGACAACCCUAGCUGUGACAACACCUGCUGUAACUACACAGGAAGUAACUACUCCUGCAGUGACAACUCGAUCUGUGACAACACCUGCUGUAACUACACAGGAAGUAACUACUCCUGCAGUGACAACCCCAGCUGUGACAACACCUGCUGUAACUACACAGGAAGUAACUACUCCUGCAGUGACAACUAGAGCUGUGACAACACCUGCUGUAACCACACAAGAAGUAACUACUCCAGCAGUGACAACUAGAGCUGUGACAACCCAUGCUGUAACUACACAGGAAGUAACUACUCCUGCAGUGACAACCCCAGCUGUGACAACACCUGCUGUAACUACACAAGAAGUAACUACUCCUGCAUUGACAACCCCAGCUGUGACAACACUUGCGGUAACUACACAGGAAGUAACUACUCCUGCAGUGACAACCCUUGCUGUGACAACACCUGCUGUAACUACACAAGAAGUAACCACUCCGGCAUUAACAACUCCUGCAGUAACCACACCUGCAGUGACUACACCAGCAGUAACGACUCCUGCAUUGACAACACCGGCAGUAACCACUCCUGCAGUGACUACACCAGCAGUGACCACUCCUGCAGUGACAACACCAGCAGUAACCACUCCUGCAGUGACUACACCAGCAGUGACCACUCCUGCAGUGACAACACCAGCAGUGACUACACCAGCAGUAACCACUCCAGCAGUAACAACCCUUGCAAUUACUACGCCAGCAGUAACCACACACUCAGUAACAACCCCUUCAAUUUCUACCCCAGCAGUAACCACUAAGGCAAUGACCACACCUGAAAUAACCACUCCCGCUGUGACUACGCCUGCUGUAACCACUCCAGCAGUGACUACACCAGCAGUGACCACUCUUGCAGUGACUACACCAGCAGUAACCUCUCCUGCCAAGACAACUCCGGAAGUAACCACUCCAGCAGUGACUACACUGGAAGUGACCACUCCUGCUGUGACUACUUCUGCAGUAACUACUCCAGCUGUAACCACACCAGCACUAACCACUCCUGCAGCAACUACUUUUGCUGUUACAACACCAAAGCCAUCUUCAAGUACUGCAUAUGUUACCCCAUCCUCAUCCCCCAUUGCAUAUGAAACAACAAAAGAAGUAACGAGUCAUACUACUUCUCCAACACCAUCACCACAGAUUUUGACAGAUUCAGAAUACACUACUCAUGCAACACCAAUAAUUUACACUGCUUCUACUCCUGUGGUAGUUACUCAGACCACCUUACAACCUCCCACUGUUAGCACAAGUCCAAUGAUGACAAGUGCAUCAUCCAGCACUACAGAAAUAGUGACACCCUAUUCAACUGAAUCAUCAACAACGGCUUACAUGACACCUUCCUCAUCCCCAGAAAUAACCCCUGCUGUGACAACGCUUGCUGUCACCACAGAAGAAAUAACUACACCUGCAGGGACUACACCAGCAGUCACUACUCCAGCUGUAACUACACCUGCAGUAACCACUGUAGCAGUGACAACUCCUGCAGUGACAACACCUGCAGUAACCACUCCUGCUGUGACAACUCCUAUAGUAACCACUCCAGUUGUGACCUCACCAGUAGUGACAAAUCCUGUUUCUACACCAGCUGUCACAGAAAUACUGGAAAAUGGUCAUACAACUACUCUUCCAGUGUAUACACUACCUGAAUUGUCUACCACUGCAGUAACUACUCCUGCCUCGACUUCACCAGCAGAAACCACUCCUGCAGUAACUACACCAGCAGUAACCACUAAGGCAGUGACUACACCAGCACUCACCACUCCAGCUGUGACCACACCUGCUGUAACCACUCCAGCUGUGACAACUCUAGCUGUAACUUCACCAGUAGUAACCACUAAGGCAGUGACUACACCUGCAGUAAGAACUCCUGCAGUAACCACUCCAGUUGUGACUACACUGGCAGUGACAACCCCUGAAAUUACUACGCCAGCAGUAACCACUAAGGCAGUGACUACACUAGCAAUCACCACUCCAGCUGUGACCACACCUGCUGUAACCACUCCAGCUGUGACAACUCUAGCUGUAACUUCACCAGUUGUAACCACUAAGGCAGUGACUACACCUGCAGUAACCACUCCAGCUGUGACUACACUGGCAGUGACAACCCCUGAAAUUACUACGCCAGCAGUAACCACUAAGGCAGUGACUACACCAGCACUCACCACUCCAACUGUGACCACACCUGCUGUAACCACUCCGGCUGUGACAACUCUAGCUGUAACUUCACCAGUUGUAACCACUAAGGCAGUGACUACUCCUGCAGUAACCACUCCAGCUGUGACUACACUGGCAGUGACAACCCCUGAAAUUACUACGCCAGCAGUAACCACUAAGGCAGUGACUACACCAGCACUCACCACUCCACUUGUGACCACACCUGCUGUAACCACUCCAGCUGUGACUACAACAGCAGUAACAACACCAACAGUGACUACACCAGCAGUAACCACUCCGGCAGUAACAACACCAGCAGUAACAACUUCAGCAGUAACCACUCCGGCAGUAACAACACCAGCAGUAACCACUCCGGUAGUGACAACACCGGAAGUAUCCACUCCAGCAGUGACUACACUAGCAGUAACCACUCCGGCAUUGACAACACACUCAGUAACAACCCCUGCAAUUACUACGCCAGCAGUAACCACUAAGGCAAUGACUACACCUGCAAUAACCACUACAGCAGUGACAACACCAGCAGUAACAACACCAGCAGUAACAACACCUGCUGUAACAACACAUGCAGUGACUACACCAGCAGUAACAACACCAGCAGUAACCACUCCGGCAGUAACAUCACCAGCAGUAACAUCACCAGCAGUAACAACACCAGCAGUAACCACUCCGGCACUAACAACACCAGCAGUUACCACUCCGGUAGUGACAACACCAAAAGUAACCACUCUGGCAGUGACUACACCAGCAGUAACAACUCCUGCAGUGACAACACCAGCAGUAACCACUCCAGCAGUGACUACACCAGCAGUAACCACUCCUGCAGUAACUACACCUGUAGUAACUACACGGGCAGUGACUACCCCUGUAAUUACUACAUCAGCAGUAACCACUCCUGCAAUAACUACACCAGCAGUGACUACUCCAGCAGUGACUACACCAGCAGUAACAACACCAGCAGUAACUACUCCUGCAGUGACUACACCAGUAGUAAGCACUCCUGCAGUUACCACUCGGGCAGUAACCUCACCAGUAGUGACAACUCCUGUUUCUACAUCAGCUGUCACAGAAAUACUGGAAAAUGGUCAUACAACUACUCUUCCAGUAUAUACACUACGUGAAUCGUCUACCACUGCAGUAACUACUCCUGCCUUGACAACACCAGCAGUAACCAGUCCUGCAGUGACUACACCAGCAGUAACCACUGCAGCAGUGACUACACCAGCAGUAACAACACCGGCAGUAACCACUCCUGCAGUGACUACACCAGCAGUGACAACACCAGCAGUAACCACUUCGGCAGUGACAACACCGGCAGUAACAACUCCUGCAGUGACUACGCCAGCAGUAACCACUCAAGCAGUCACUACACCAGCAGUAACCACUCCAGCAGUCACUACACCAGCAUUAACCACUCCUGCAGUAACUACACCUGCAGUAACUACACCGGCAGUGACUACCCCUGUAAUUACUACAUCAGCAGUAACCACUCCGGCAAUGACUACACCAGCAGUAACCACUCCUGCAGUAACCACUCCGGCAGUAACCUCACCAGUAGUGGCAACUCCUGUUUCUACAUCAGUUGUCACAGAAAUAUUGGAAAAUGGUCAUACAACUACUCUUCCAGUAUAUACAUUACCUGAAUCAUCUACCACUGCAGUAACUACUCCUGCCUUGACAACACCAGCAGUAACCACUCCUGCAGUGACUACACCAGCAAUAACCACUGCAGCAGUGACUACACCAGCAGUAACAACACCGGCAGUAACCACUCCUGCAGUGACUACACCAGCAGUGACAACACCAGCAGUAACCACUUCGGCAGUGACAACACCGGCAGUAACAACUCCUGCAGUGACUACGCCAGCAGUAACCACUCAAGCAGUCACUACACCAGCAGUAACCACUCCAGCAGUCACUACACCAGCAGUAACCACUCCUGCAGUAACUACACCUGCAGUAACUACACCGGCAGUGACUACCCCUGUAAUUACUACAUCAGCAGUAACCACUCCGGCAAUGACUACACCAGCAGUAACCACUCCUGCAGUAACCACUCCUGCAGUAACCACUCUGGCAGUAACUACACCAGCAGUAACCACUCCUGCAGUAACUACACCAGCAGUAACCACUCCUGCAGUAACCACUCUUCCAGUAACCUCCCCUGCAGUUACUACACCAGCACUAACCACUCCUGCAUUGACCACUCCUGCAGCAACUACUUAUGCUGUUACAACUCCAAAGCCAUCUUCAAGUACUGCAUACCUUACCCCAUCCUCAUCCCCCAUUGGAUAUGAAACAACGAAAGAAGUAACGAGUCAUACUACUUCUCAAACGCCAUCUCCAAAGAUUUUGACGGAUUCAGAAUACACUACUCAUGCAACACCAAUAAUUUACACUGCUUCUACUCCUGUGGUAAUUACUCAGACCACCUUACAACCUCCCACUGUUAGCACAAGUCCAAUGGUGACAAGUGCAUCAUCCAGCACUACAGAAAUAGUGACACCCUAUUCAACUGAAUCAUCAACAACGGCUUACAUGACACCUUCCUCAUCCCCAGAAGUUACAACCCCUGCUGUGACAACGCCUGCUGUCACCACUCCUGCAGUAACUUCACCUGCAGUAACUACACCGGCAGUGACUACCCCUGUAAUUACUACAUCAGCAGUAACCACUCCGGCAAUGACUACACCAGCAGUAACCACUCCUGCAGUAACCACUCCGGCAGUGACAUCACCAAUAGUAACAACUCCUGUUUCUACAUCAGCUGUCACAGAAAUACUGGAAAAUGGUCAUACAACUACUCUUCCAGUAUAUACACUACCUGAAUCAUCUACCACUGCAGUAACUACUCCUGCCUUGACAACACCAGCAGUAACCACUCCUGCAGUGACUACACUGGCAGUAACCACUCCAGCAGUGACUACACCAGCAGUAACCACUUCUGCAGUAAGUACACCAGCAGUAACCACUCCUGCAGUAACCACUCUGGCAGUAACUACACCAGCAGUAACCACUCCUGCAGUAACUACACCAGCAGUAACCACUCCGGCAGUGACAACACCAGCAGUAACCACUCCACCAGUGACUACACCAGCAGUAACAACACCUGCAGUGACAACACCAGCAGUAACCACUCCUGCAGUGACUACACCAGCAGUAACAACUCCUGCAGUAACCACACCAGCAGUAACAACACCAGCAGUAACCACUCUGGCAGUAACAACACCAGCAGUAACCACUCCGGCAGUGACAACACCGGCAGUAACCACUGGAGCAGUGACAACACCAGCAGUAACCACUCAGGCAGUGACAACACCGGCAGAAACCACUCCUGCAGUGACUACACCAGCAAUAAGCACUCCAGCAGUGACUACACAAGCAGUGACAACACUGGCAGUAACAACACCGGCAGAAACCACUCCUGCAGUGACUACACCAGCAAUAAGCACUCCAGCAGUGACUACACAAGCAGUGACAACACUGGCAGUAACCACUCCUGCAGUGACUACACCAGCAGUAACCACUCCUGCAGUAACUACACCAGCAAUAACCACUGCAGCAGUGACUACACAAGCAGUAACAACACCGGCAGUAACCACUCCUGCAGUGACUACAGCAGUGACAACACCAGCAGUAACCACUCCGGCAGUGACAUCACCGGCAGUAACAACUCCUGCAGUGACUACUUCAGCAGUAACCACUCCAGCAGUCACUACACCAGCAGUAACCACUCCAGCAGUAACUACACCAGCAGUAACAACUCCAGCAGUAACUACACCGGCAGUGACUGCCCUUGUAAUUACUACAUCAGCAGUAACCACUCUGGCAAUGACUACACCAGCAGUAACCACUCCUGCAGUGACAUCACCAGUAGUAACAACUCCUGUUUCUUCAUCAGCUGUCACAGAAAUACUGGAAAAUGGUCAUACAACUACUCUUCCAGUAUAUACACUACCUGAAUCGUCUACCACUGCAGUAACUACUCCUGCCUUGACAACACCAGCAGUAACCACUCCUGCAGUGACUACACUGGCAGUAACCACUCCAGCAGUGACUACACCAGCAGUAACCACUUCUGCAGUAAGUACACCAGCAGUAACCACUCCUGCAGUAACCACUCCGGCAGUAACUACACCAGCAGUAACCACUCCUGCAGUAACUACACCAGCAGUAACCACUUCAGCAGUGACUACACCAGCAGUAACCACUCCGGCAGUAACUACACCAGCAGUAACCACUCCUGCAGUAACUACACCAGCAGUAACCACUUCAGCAGUGACUACACCAGCAGUAACCACUCCGGCAGUAACAACACCAGCAGUAACCACUCCGGCAGCAACAACACCAGCAGUAACAACUUCAGCAGUAACCACUCCAGCAGUAACAACACCAGCAGUAACCACUCCUGCAGUGACCACUCCUGCAGUAACUACACCAGCAGUAACCACUUCAGCAGUGACUACACCAGCAGUAACCACUCCGGCAAUGACUACACCAGCAGUAACCACUCCUGCAGUAACCACUCUUCCAGUAACCUCCCCUGCAGUUACUACACCAGCACUAACCACUCCUGCAUUGACUACUCCUGCAGCAACUACUUAUGCUGUUACAACACCAAAGCCAUCUUCAAGUACUGCAUACCUUACCCCAUCCUCAUCCCCCAUUGGAUAUGAAACAACGAAAGAAGUAACGAGUCAUACUACUUCUCAAACGCCAUCUCCAAAGAUUUUGACAGAUUCAGAAUACACUACUCAUGCAACACCAAUAAUUUACACUGCUUCUACUCCUGUGGUAAUUACUCAGACCACCUUACAACCUCCCACUGUUAGCACAAGUCCAAUGGUGACAAGUGCAUCAUCCAGCACUACAGAAAUAGUGACACCCUAUUCAACUGAAUCAUCAACAACGGCUUACAUGACACCUUCCUCAUCCCCAGAAGUUACGACCCCUGCUGUGACAACGCCUGCUGUCACCACUCCAGCAGUGACUACACCAGCUCUAACCACUCCAGCAGUAACAACACCAGCAGUAACCACUCCACCAGUGACUACACCAGCAGUAACAACACCUGCAGUGACAACACCAGCAGUAACCACUCCUGCAGUAACCACACCAGCAGUAACAACUCGAGCAGUAACCACUCUGGCAGUGACAACACCGGUAGAAACCACUCCUGCAGUGACUACACCAGCAAUAAGCACUCCAGCAGUGACUACACAAGCAGUGACAACACCGGCAGUAACCACUCCUGCAGUGACUACACCAGCAGUAACAACACCUGCCGUAACAACAGCAGCAGUGACUACACCAGCAGUAACCACUCCGGCAGUAACAACACCAGCAGUAACCACUCCGGCAGCAACAACACCAGCAGUAACAACUUCAGCAGUAACCACUCCAGCAGUAACAACACCAGCAGUAACCACUCCUGCAGUGACUACACCAGCAGUAACAACACCUGCCGUAACAACACCAGCAGUGACUACUCCAGCAGUAACCACUCCGGCCGUAACAACAGCAGCAGUGACUACACCAGCAGUAACCACUCCGGCAGUAACAACACCAGCAGUAACCACUCCGGUAGUGACUACACCAGCAGUAACCACUCCUGCAGUGACUACACCAGCAGUGACUACACCACCAGUAACCACUCAAGCAGAAACUACACCAGCAGUGACUACACCAGCAGUAACCACUGCAGCAGUGACAACACCAACAGUAACCACCCCGGCAGUGACAACACAAGCAAUAACCACUCCGGCAGUGACAACACCGGCAGAAACCACUCCUGCAGUGACUACACCAGCAAUAAGCACUCCAGCAGUGACUACACCAGCAGUAACAACACUGGCAGUAACAACACCAGCAGUAACAACUCCAGCAGUAACCACUCCGGCAGUAACAACACCAGCAGUAACCACUCCUGUAGUGACUACACCAGCAGUAACAACACCUGCCGUAACAACACUAGCAGUGACUACACCAGCAGUAACCACUCUGGCAGUAACAACACCAGCAGUAACCACUCCGGCAGUAACAACACCAGGAGUAACCACUCCUGCAGUGACUACACCAGCAGUGACUACACCAGCAGUGACUACACCAGCAGUAACAACACCUGCUGUAACAACAGCAGCAGUGACUACACCAGCAGUAACCACUCCGGCAGUAACAACACCAGCAGUAACCACUCCGGUAUUGACUACACCAGCAGUAACCACUCCUGCGGCAUCUACAACAGCAGUAACCACUUCAGCAGUGACUACCCCAGCGGUAACCACUCCUGCAGUGACUACACCAGCAGUAACCACUCCAGCAGUGACUACACCAGCAGUAACCACUCCUGUAGUAACUACACCUGCAGUAACUACACCGGCAGUGACUACCCCUGUAAUUAUAACAUCAGCAGUAACCACUCCUGCAGUGACAACACCUGCAGUAACCACUCCGGCAGUGACCUCAAAAGUAGUGACAACUCCUGUUUCUACAUCAGCUGUCACAGAAAUACUGGAAAAUGGUCAUACAACUACUCUUCCAGUAUAUACAUUACCUGAAUUGUCUACCACUGCAGUAACUACUCCUGCCUUGACAACACCAGCAGUAACCACUCCUGCAGUGACUACACCAGCAGUAACCACUCCAGCAGUGACUACACCAGCAGUAACCACUCCUGCCGUGACCACUCCAGCAGUAACUACACCAGCAGUAACCACUCCUACAGUAACUACACCAGUAGUAACCACUCCUGCCUUGACUACACCAGCAGUAACCACUCCAGCAGUGACUACACCAGCAGUAACCACUCCUACAGUAACUACACCAGUAGUAACCACUCCAGCAGUGACUACACCAGCAGUAACCACUCAAGCAGUGACUACACCAGCAGUAACCACUCCUGCAAUAACCACUCUUCCAGUAACCUCCCCUGCAGUUACUACACCAGCACUAACCACUCCUGCAUUGACUACUCCUGCAGCAACUACUUAUGCUGUUACAACACCAAAGCCAUCUUCAAGUACUGCAUACCUUACCCCAUCCUCAUCCCCCAUGGGAUAUGAAACAACAAAAGAAGUCACGAGUCAUACUACUUCUCAAACACCAUCUCCAAAGAUUUUGACAGAUUCACAAUACACUACUCAUGCAACACCAAUAAUUUACACUGCUUCUACUCCUGUGGUAAUUACUCAGACCACCUUACAACCUCCCACUGUUAGCACAAGUCCAAUGAUGACAAGUGCAUCAUCCAGCACUACAGAAAUAGUGACACCCUAUUCAACUGAAUCACCAACAACGGCUUACAUGACACCUUCCUCAUCCCCAGAACUUACAACCCCUGCUGUGACAACGCCUGCUGUCACCACUCCAGCAGUGACUACACCAGCUCUAACCACUCCAGCAGUAACAACAACAGCAGUAACCACUCCACCAGUGACUACACCAGCAGUAACAACACCUGCAGUGACAACACCAGCAGUAACCACUCCUGCAGUAACCACACCAGCAGUAACCACUCCUGCAGUAACUACACCAGCAGUGACUACACUAGCAGUGACCACUCCAGCAGUGACUACACCAGCAGUGACAACACCGGCAGUAACCACUCAAGCAGUAACUACACCAGCAGUAACCACUCCUGCAGUAACUACACCAGCAGUAACCACUCCUCCAGUAACCACUCAUGCAGUGACUACACUGGCAGUAACCACUCCUGCAGUGACUACACUGGCAGUAACCACUCCAGAAGUGACUACCCCUGCAAUAUCUACCCCAGCAGUAACCACUCCGGCAGUGACUACACCAGCCUUAACUACCCCAGUAGUAACCACUCUGGCAGUAACUACACCAGCAGUAACCACUCUGGCAGUGACAACACCAGUAGUGACAACUCCUGUUUCUACAUCAGCUGUCACAGAAAUACUUGAAAAUGGUCAUACAACUACUCUUCCAGUCUAUACACUACCUGAAUUGUCUACCACUGCAGUAACUACUCCUGCCUUGACUACACCAGCCGAAACCACUCCUGCAGUAACUACAUCAGCAGUGACUACCCCUGCAAUAUCUACCCCAGCAGUAUCGACUUCGGCAUUGACUACACCAGCAGUAACCACUCCUGCAGUGACUACACCUGCAAUAACCACUCCGGCAGUGACUACACCUGCAAUAACCACUCUGGCAGUGACUACACCUGCAGUAACCACUCCUGCAGUAACUACAUCGGCAGUCACUACCCCUGCAAUAUCUACCCCAGCAGUAACCACUUCGGCAGUGACUACACCAGCAGUAACCACCCCUGCAGUGACAACACCUGCAGUAACUACACCAGCAGUAACUACCCCUGCAGUAACGACACCAGCAGUAACCACUCUUGCAGUUACUACACCAGCAGUGACCACUCCUGCAGUGACUACACCUGCAAUAACCACUCCGGCGGUGACUACACCUGCAAUAACCACUCUGGCAGUGACUACACCUGCAGUAACCACUCCUGCAGUAACUACAUCGGCAGUGACUACCCCUGCAAUAUCUACCCCAGCAGUAACCACUUCGGCAGUGACUACACCAGCAGUAACACCCCCUGCAGUGACAACACCUGCAGUAACUACACCAGCAGUAACUACCCCUGCAUCAAUGACACCACCAGUAACCACUCUUGCAGUUACUACACCAGCAGUGACCACUCCUGCAGUGACUACACCUGCAAUAACCACUCUGGCAGUGACUACGUCUGCAGUAACCACUCCUGCAGUAACUACAUCAGCAGUGACUACCCCUGCAAUAUCUACCCCAGCAGUAACCACUUCGGCAGUGACUACACCAGCAGUAACUACCCCUGCAGUAACGACACCAGCAGUAACCACUCCUGCAGUUGCUACACCUGCAGUAACCACUCCUGCAGUGACAACUCCUGCAGUGACAACUCCUGCAGUAACCACUCCUGCAGCGACAACACCUGCAUUAACCACUCCUGCAGUGACUACACCACCAGUUACCACUCCUGCAGUGAAUACACCUGCAGUAACCACUUCUGCAGUGACCACUCCUGCAGUAACUACAUCGGCAGUGACUACCCCUGCAAUAUCUACCCCAGCAGUAACCACCCCUGCAGUGACAACACCUGCAUUAACAACUCCUGCAGUAACUACACCUGCAGUAACUACCCUUGCAGUAACGACACCAGCAGUAACCACUCCUGCAGUGACAACUCCUGCAGUGACAACACCUGCAGUAACUACCCCUGCAGUUACUACACCUGCAGUAACCACUCCUGCAGUGACUACACCAGCAGUAACCACCCCGGCAGUGACAACACCUGCAUUAACAACUCCUGUAGUAACUACACCUGCAGUGACUACACCAGCUGUAACUACUCCGGAAUUGACAACUUUUGUGACUACACCUGUAGUAUCCACUUCUGCCAUCACAACUCCGGUUGUCACAACACCAAUAGUGACAAUUACUGAAAUCACAACAUCAACAGGAACGACGCCUACUGCGUGCCAAGUUGGUCAAUUUCAAUGUGAUAAUGGAAAUUGUGUUCUGAGUGGUCCGGACAGUCAACUCUGUGAUGGCAUCAAUGACUGUGGCGAUUAUUCCGAUGAAAGAGGAUGUGUCGUGACAACCACAUCUUCAGUUACAACAACCAUUUCAACACCAUCUAUGUCUGCCACAACACAAGGUGUGUAUUCUACAUUGCCACCAACGAUCAGCCCUACAACUGAGACCACAACUACAGUCUAUUCAACAACAUUAAGUCAGAAUGCUACAACUCCAGUUGUGCUGUAUACCACAAGUACCACCACGACAGUUACCACUAGUCAGGAAAUUACCACAGUUUCUUCCAGCUGCCAUGAGCCACUAGGACUUGAAAGUGGAACUAUAGAACUUGAGGACAUCAAUGCCACUUCAGUGGGGGACGCAAGCUCCUUGGAUAACAUCCGUCUGAACAGUGGACCGGACUCAAAUGGACACGUGGGUUGGUCGCCUGAUGCUGCUGACACCUUGCCAUAUGUGACCUUUGACCUCAAGCAGAUAAAGCAGGUUUCAGGAGUGGUCCUUCAAGGAGGUGGACAGGAUGGGGAUGAAUUCGUCAAGACGUUUGCAGUGGCUUUCAGUCUUGAAGAGAGCAACUUUUUGAAUGUCACAGAACCAAAUGGAAACAUUAAGAUAUUCCCUGGAAGUUCUGAUGCUGAUUCUGAAAAUGAAAUAUUGUUCCCAGUUAGUCUUGUGGGACGUUACAUUCGCAUCUACCCUCUGGAGUAUAACAACCGUCCCACCAUGAGGCUGGAACUCAUUGGCUGUGAGCUAGAAGGUCCCACCCCAACAGUACCAGUUGUCACCACACGGCAAUGCUUCAAUGAUGAGUUUACCUGUAAUGAUGGAGCCUGUUUGCCUGGAGACAAGGUUUGCCAAGGAACUUGUGACUGUGCCGACUGUUCAGAUGAGGCCAUGUGUGGUACUACCACAACAUUACCACCAACUACUAUGGAAACAACAUCCUUGUAUACCACAGAAUCUACUACAGGACCGAGUUGUUCCUGGAACCCUUGGAGUGACUGGUCUACAUGUACAGUGACAUGUGGUGUUGGGACCAAGUACAGGGACAGGUCUGCCGCAAACAGCUACUGUGGCAAUGAGGUUUCAGAUUCUCAUCAAGAAGAGUACUGCAACACUGCUGCUUGUCCAACCGAUGGAAACUGGUCUCCGUGGACUGAAUGGACAACAUGUGAUAAGACUUGCAACGGUGGCACUGCCUUCCGCUAUCGAAACUGCUCCAACCCUGCACCAAAGAAUGGAGGUGCACCCUGCGUUGGUGAGGCCAUCCAAACAACCGCCUGCAACCCUCAAGAGUGCGAGAAUGAAUGUGAAGGAGGGCGUGUCUACACCACCUGUGCCACCAAAUGCCCCUCCACCUGUGCUGACCUUCAGGUUGGACUCACCUGUGUGGAGGAAGAGGGGUGCGUUGCCGGGUGUCGCUGCCCCAAUGGCACCCUGGAACAGGGAGGAGAGUGCGUACCUCGGGAGCAGUGUGAUUGCCUCGAUGAGUAUGGGGACUCGUAUCCUCCAGGUUCCAGCUUCACUGAAGACUGUAGGAAUUGCUCCUGUGUGAAUGGAGUAGUGACUUGCAGUGAGGAGGCUUGUCCUGUGAACUGUAGCUGGAGUAGCUGGUCUAGCUGGACUGGAUGUUCUGCCGCUUGUGGUGAUGGGACCAAGACCAGAUUUAGGUCUCCUAACAAUCCUCCAGCACAGCAUGGUGGAGCAGAGUGUGAAGGACCUGCCUCAGAGGAAGUGACCUGUGACCUCGACCCUUGCCCUACCAACUGCACUGUGGGUGGAACCACCUAUGACAGUGGCGAUCUCGUCUCGCAGGACCUUUGUAAUAAUUGCACCUGUAAAGAUGGAACCGUCAUGUGCACCAACAAUACCUGCGAUGGGAACUGGUCUCAAUGGUCCCCUUGGUCCACCUGCAAUGCAACCUGUGCCAAUGGUAUCACAGUGAGGACCAGGUCCUGUUCCAUGCCUGCUCCUAGCAAUGGAGGACUGGGAUGCGAGGGUGAUGCCAUCCAGAUGGAGGAUUGUAAUACGGACCCUUGUCCAACUGAUGGUGAAUGGUGCGAGUGGGAGCCAUGGAGUGACUGUACGGCACCUUGCGCCGGUGGAUACCACAACCGUAGCAGGGUGUGCGGGUGUCCAGAACCACAGUAUGGAGGAGAGGAAUGUCAAGGACCAGCUACGGAAACCGCUGCCUGCAAUGUACACCCAUGCCCAGUUGACUGUGUCCUUGGUGAAUGGACCGAGUGGACUAACUGUAGCGCCCUCUGUGAUGGAGGUACUACAAGGCGUCAUCGUAACAUCACUGUACCUGCUGCCUAUGGAGGCAUCCCAUGUAAUGGCUCUCUUCUGGAAUCUAAAGGAUGCAACAUGGAGCCUUGUGGACCUGUAUGUGAGGGCGACUUGGUCGCCAGUGAUUGCGCUAACAGGUGCCCUCUCACCUGUUCUGAUAUCCAGAAAGGAACGGAAUGUCUCCUGGAAAACUGCACUGCUGGAUGUGCUUGUCCUGGUAACCAGGUCCUUCAAGAUGGCCGCUGUGUAGAGCAGAGUGAUUGCCGAUGUCUCCUUGAUGCUGCUCACAUUGGUGACCUAGCCGAGGUUGUACUUCCUGAUGGAUCCAUAACAUCCAUUAGUCUUGAUGGGAUGGUGGAGUAUCCCCCUGGAGCGGUGGUUACCAGAGAAUGCAAUAACUGCACUUGCCAAGGUGGAUCAUUUGUUUGUACAGAAGCUGACUGCGCAGUAAACUGUGGAUGGAGCGAGUGGUCUGACUGGUCAGAAUGUCCGCAGACCUGUGGCCAUGUGACCAACGGCAUCUACAGAGAGCGUACCCCAGACAGCCCACCGGCAGCUUACGGAGGAUUAGAGUGUGAGGGAGAGAACAUUGAGUUUGCUGAUUGUGACUCAGGAAGCUGCCCCUGCGGGGAGAAUGAAGUAUGGUCCACCCCAGCCACCAACUGCUCGAUGGUGACCUGUACAGACCUGAGCAAUGCAGCUACCUUCCAGCUCAACUCUUCCUGCUCCGUGCCGUCACACCAAGAUGAAGAAACAUGCGUCUGCGAGCCAGGCUACUACCGUAACCAUGACGAUGAGUGCGUUCUCCCGUCAUCUUGCCAGUGUGUGGACGAUGAGGGGGCAAUGAGGGAUGCAGGCGAGGUCUGGCAGAGGGGGCAAUGCGAGACGUGCCUGUGUGAGAACGGGGCCGUGGUCUGCAAGACGGAAUGCGAGCCAGUUGAAUGUGAAGAGGGAUAUAUCGCUGUUACUGAAGAUGGGGAAUGCUGUCCCGUUUGCAGGAAAGUGUCUGAGCCCAACCAGUGCACCACCAAACACCGCCGACAGAACUUCACCCUGGAUGGCUGCAUCGCCACGGACGUUCCUGUCACGACCUGCGACGGCUUCUGCCCCUCAAAGUGCGACACACUGCUCAACCAACUCUUCGUGGACCAAACAUGCAACUGCUGCCGGGGUGUCCUCGGUGACACGGUGAGAGAGGUAGAGCUUGCCUGUCCAGACGGCAGCACGGUCAUCGGGUAUCUUCCAGAGAUUGAGAGAUGUGAAUGCCAGGAAACCGAGUGUGCAGCCACAAGACGCUAACUACCCUACUCUGUUGAUGGACACCAUGUGCACCAUGUCUUUGGGAGGUGUUGCAAGAUACUCGUUUCUGAUCAUUGGCAUUAUCACCUGAAAAUUUGCAACUGAUAUAUCAAUUUUAACUGAUCAAUACUUCCUGUUGCAAGAUACAGAGUAGCAAUAAAUGGCAUUUUCCUGAUAAAGUCCAGCAUUAUGAUUGAUUUUGGACUCAAGAUUGAUUGCAAUUGAAUAAGUUUCUUGCAUCACCCAACCUUGAGACUUUUUUUUAUAAUGGUCUCCAAGGACAUGCUGUAUCAGCCUUGACUUAUGGAUGUUGAAUGAAAAAGAAAACUUUACCAAGUUAUUAUUUAUGUCUGAAUAUAACAUCCCCUCCCUUAAAUGAGAUUUAAACAAUUUCAUUGAAUAAUUUGAUAAAGUAUGGACAUUAGAGUGCAAUAUGAUCAUUUAGUUUAUUCAGAAUUGCGUAUUAAAUGCGAGUUUGAGUUUCUAAAUUUAAUAUUUAUGAAUAAAGAUACUUUACAGUGCAAUACAAAGGACCCAAAUGUCUCCUUGUUAUAUUUGAGUUUUUCAGAGGUGUGAGGAAGUUUGUGUGGAUGUAUGUUAUGAGUGCUGCAACUGUUGAGUGGGUUAAUGUGUGUGUGUGUGCGCCAGAAUUCACAAGGGAGGAUGUGGAUGUAUGUUAUGAGUGCUGCAACUGUUGAGUGGGUUAAUGUGUGUGUGUGUGUGCCAGAAUUCACAAGGGAGGAUGUGGAUGUAUGUUAUGAGUGCUGCAACUGUUGAGUGGGUUAAUGUGUGUGUGUGUGCGCCAGAAUUCACAAGGGAGGAUGUGGAUGUAUGUUAUGAGUGCUGCAACUGUUGAGUGGGUUAAUGUGUGUGU